AUGACACAAGAACUAAGCUACUUGCAGCUGAAAACUGCGAACGAAGCGAGACAGUCGGAUGAGCAGAAAACCGAAUUCAGAAAGAGAGAAAUACUAGUCCUAAUUUUGGGCUAUCUCAGUGAUGAAGGCUACCUGGACACUGUAAAUACGUUGGAAACAGAGUCAGGACUUAGCUUGGAAAAAUACUCUGUUUGCGAUAACAUUGACCUACCUACGGUAUUACAGGAGUAUGAAUCAUAUUACAAUGUUAAAUUUAAUCGAUACCCAAAAAUUAUUAGAAAAUUACAAAAUCCUGAGAAAGGCAAGCCAAAUAGGUCAAUUAAGGGUAAUUUAAGAAAUCGUCAGAAUUCCUGUUCUCUGCCCAAUAUAAACACGUCCAAGAAUGAAAGCGAGACAUCUCCAAACAGACCUCAAAGCGAUGGUAAACGAAAGGUUUCUUCGAAAACGAAGGUUGCCAAGGCAAAAUCUCUAACGACCGUUAAUCAAGAUGAUCUAAGCUUAGCAGGAAAUGCAUUAUCCAAUCAGGGUGCAAGUAAAGAUACAGUACAAACGGUGAAGAAUAUACAUGGAAAAAAUGUUAUUGUGGAUAUGAAAGCCAUGUUGUCGAAUGCAAUCAAAAGUAAUUAUCUAACAAGCAGCAAUGAAUCGUCAGAAAAAUUAUUGAAACCUUUAGCAGGUUUCGCUGGCCUCACUGGCGAAUGGCGUGAGCUUGCUGCCGUCGUUAGCAGAGAUAUAUAUUUGGACAAUCCUGACGUUUAUUGGCAUGAUAUCGUUGGGCUCGAAAGUGCUAAACGACUCGUUAAGGAAGCUGUUGUGUAUCCAAUAAAGUACCCACAGCUUUUCACUGGAAUUUUAUCUCCUUGGAAGGGACUAUUGUUGUACGGGCCACCUGGUACGGGUAAAACGCUACUUGCCAAAGCUGUUGCAACAGAAUGCAACACAACCUUCUUCAACAUAUCUGCUUCAACCAUCGUUAGUAAAUGGCGUGGCGAUUCAGAAAAGUUGGUUAGAGUAUUGUUUGAGCUGGCUCGUUUUCACGCACCUUCUACGAUUUUCCUUGACGAGUUAGAGUCACUAAUGAGCCAACGAGGAGCUGGUUCAAGUGGCGACCAUGAAGGCAGUCGAAGAAUGAAAACUGAGCUGUUAAUACAAAUGGAUGGUUUGGCUAAAUCUAAUGAUCUUGUCUUCCUACUGGCCGCAUCAAACUUGCCAUGGGAGCUCGACCAUGCCAUGCUACGUCGGCUCGAGAAACGAAUCCUCGUUAAUCUACCGUCAGAAGAAGCAAGAAAGCAAAUGCUCAGCAGUCACUUACCGCAGACAAUUAAUUCACCAUCUAAUGGGUUAGAGAUUAAGACCGAAAUUGAUUAUGAUCUUUUUGCUAAGAAAUUGGAUGGUUAUUCUGGGUCAGAUAUUAAACUGUUGUGCAAAGAGGCAGCCAUGAGGCCGCUACGUAAAGUGUUUGACAUGCUUGAGAAUGUGGGAGAUGAACGGUCAGCCACUCUACCACAACUGCAGUUGAAUCCUGUUACAAAUGAUGAUUUGCAAGCUGCUCUUUCAACUACAAAACCCUCUGCUCGUCAACUGCAGGACAAAUACGCUGAAUGGCAAAAAGAGUACGAAUCUGUAUAA